UAUACUCUUGUUUAAUGUAUUCUUAUUCUUUAUUGUAUAAGAUAUUUAUCUCUCAGGAUCACUGAAUAGUAAUUUAUUAUAGUAAAAUUGUCACAAAAGCCAUUUUUUACAGACGGAUACUUUGUCUGACGUUUCCUUUUUCAAAUGAUCCAAAAACUUUCUCCACCACAUCUGGAGAAUAAAAUAUUUAUUCAUUUUAAACUUUUGAGACUCUUUGGAAAUACCAGCACAUUUAAGUCUGAACAUCCAUUGACCCUAACCUAACUUGAUUAAGCCCUAAUACCUUAAUUGAUGUUAAAGAUAGAGAUAGAGAUGUUGUUAAAAAAAGAUAACAUGAGAUUACUAUGGCCCAGAAAGCAUGAAUGCAAACAAAUACUCUCUUUUUUUUCUUAGUGAGGACAUUAAAAGGGUAAUUGCUGUAGAUGUCUGGCUGAUUGGAUGCUGUUUGCAGGCGUAUUGCGGCGUGACAGUGUAACUCCAACUGUGACCCGCCGCGUCAGAGGGCCCAGGUGGCUGUUAAUCACCUCUCGCUGUGUCACCUUAUCCCGGUCCAGUCCUCGUCUCGAGGUCUCGAGGUGGGGCUCCCAAUCACGACUCCAGUCUCCCACCGACGCGCACGAUUUCAGCCAGCUCCACUUUUCCAGAUGUGUGUGUGUGUGUUGGGGGGGGGUCGUGCUGUUUGUUUAUACAAGGUCCUGGGCUCGGCCUUAUCUGCUGCAACCACUCACGCAGUGAUUUCGGACUUUCUUCUGCCAGUACUUUUUGCGUGUGUGUGUGUGCGUGUCUGUCUGUGUGGGUUUUACGGGCCAUUGUUUUGUUGAAUGGCUUCUAAAGAUACAGAGUUGUUUUUUGUUUUUUUUCUUCCUCCCUCCUCAUUAGAAACCGACUGCUGUGAUUUCAAAAGACUGCACUUCAUCCCCACCCAAGGCCCGGCUCAGUUAUUUAGUCCUCACGUUAUCAGAGGAUAAAAAUAACACAUGGGUGUUCUAACUGGAUAUUAUUCAGCCUGUAAUCGUUUCGUUAUGGGGUUCCUCUUGUAUCGAAUCCUCGUGAGGCUUAAAGUUGUAGAAAUAUGCCUUGAUAUCCAUUUAUGACGAAUAUCAAUAACUACCUGAACGGACCGCGCUGACCGUGAACUGACUGAUAUUGUUUUAGGGCUGUUUGUCGUUUAGUCUCUGCACCAUCGGUACUGGUUAUUUUCUCGAUCAAUCAGCAGGUUUUUUCUGCCUGUCGGUCAGCUUUGUCCCUGACAUAAAAACUGAAAAACACCCAUAAUUAUUAAAUUAAAUUAAAUGUAUUAUUAAGUGUUUUUUUUACACCGUAUGCAGUUGGACGUGCUGUUUCCGAUCUAAUUGUUUCUGUCUCCUUUAAAUAUCAAUAAAUAUACAUGAGAUAUCAUGCGAGUGUAACAAAAAAUACCACAUGCACGCAAAUACUUCACCUGGCUAUUUUAAUACAUUUUCGAGUAUUUAAAAAAAAUAAUAUUACUAUUACAAUCGUGUUCUUUUUGCUCCACUGGCAGCGCGAGGCCUAGUUGUUUUAUCUCAAACGAAACAUGUAGAUAUACUUACUGAACAAAAUGUUAAUUUUCUAACCGGUAAUGUAACUUUAUAUAGUGUGUAGCUGGAUGGCCUGACAUUCAUUUGAAUGUUUAUAAUAAUCGGAAAUAGAAGCAUUUAAUGACCGGGGUCAUUCCGCUCUAUUUUAUUUUGGAUAGUUACUUUAUGUCAUUUCUGUUGCUAAUUACUUUAACUUACAUCGCAGUCUGAUAUUGUAUUUCUUCCACCACCCGUCGCUCCAAACUCGUCGUGAUGUAUUCCGCGGGAAGAUUACGGUGUCAGUGUUUUAUGAAUGAUCGUUUGGUUCAGUUUGUUGUUGUCGCUGGGAGGGGGCGCGUGUGACGUCACGGUGUCUCUCUCUCUCUCUCUCUCCGGUCACGACGCAGAGCGGCCUCACGCGCCCCUCCCACCGGGCGCCGCGGUUAUAACGGGAGCGCGCCGGCCGGAGGGCGACCACUCGUGUAGCCGGUGAAAAAAGCGUGUGAGAGAAAGAGAGAUGUACUGGGACACCGUCAUCAAACCUGGAGACAGAAGCACAGACGGCAGGGACUCGAAAAUGAAGAUGGAGAUUUGCCAGACUGGAUAUUACACAGAAGACUUCAGGACGCAGGAAGUGCCGGCCGGCUUUGACUUUGCAUCUUAUGACUACCCUGGUGAAGACCUGUCUUUUCUGUUAGACAGUAAAGCGCCCGCGCAGCAGCAGCAAUAUGUGGCAGAGAGCAGCUACCCGGAGCCACCCAAAGCUUCUCACCCGUACGACAUUAAAGCGAGCAGCGACGACACCUGCCUCUUCAACCUGGACUCCUACCAGGAGUUCAACUGGUGGGCCUCCUGCUCGCACGAGGGGCUGACGGUGGACCAGUCACAAACUGGGUACCAGGAGUCCCCGCAGACGUACCAGAGCCUGGUGCCCCUCAACGGGCAGUUCAGCCCGGCGGUGGAGGGCAGCCACAGCCCCUUCGUGAGCGCAGAAGGCCCCAGUACGUUACACAGUGAGACGGAGCCGAGCUACUCGCGUCACUCGGCCGAGCCGUACGACUCCGACGGGCAGAGGCCGCCCUCGUCCCUCUGGCCCGAGUACUCCUGUCCCGGCUUCACCGCCCCUACUGCCCACCCGCCUGCGGCCCCCGGCCCUCAGGCCUCGGAGCAGUACUGCCCCCGUGUGGUCAAACGCAAGAGCGCACACCCCCAGAGGCCGGACAGGGAGGGCCACAUGCCGGGAAUGUCCACUUAUCCAGGUUCCGGUCCAAUCCAGCUGUGGCAGUUUUUACUGGAGCUUCUUCUGGACUCAGCCUGUCGCACCUUCAUCUCCUGGACCGGAGACGGGUGGGAGUUUAAGAUGUCCGACCCCUCGGAGGUGGCGAAGCGCUGGGGCCAGUGCAAGAACAAACCCAAGAUGAACUACGAGAAGCUGAGCCGCGGCCUACGCUACUACUACCACAAGAACAUCAUCCACAAGACGGCGGGAAAACGCUACGUCUACCGCUUCGUCUGCGACAUACAGGGCAUGCUGGGAAAGACGGCGCAGGAGGUGUUGACCAGCCUGAACGUUCUGCCCACUAACACGGAGGCGUGGCAGCCGUGCACCGGGGGGGCGGCGGUAUCGGAGCACAGCAGCGAAACAUGGCCGUCUCUGUAGGAAAAAGGGUUAGCAGGACUUAUAGGGAUACCCUGAGUACCAGAGCUACCAGGAGUCCAAGGCACACCAGGAGCACCAGGCCCACCGGCCUGCAAAGGGAACGCUGCCUCCGAGCUGCAGUGUCGGCACGGGUGAUGAUGUCACAGACAGCCACUUUAUACAUGCUGCAUUUCAGGGAAUCAAAUAAAAAAACAUAUUCAGUCGUUUUUUAAAUAAUGGAUAAAUAUAAAGGAAGUUCUCCCAAUACCUGACACAGAAACACAUGGCACCUCAGGGCUACGUAACUGCGGCACAGCGGCAUUUAAAGCAUGAUACAGAGAUUCUUCUUUUGCAACGUCGGAGGCCCUAUUUUGUGUCUAAGAAGGAACCGUUUUGUAGAUAGUGUUUAUAUGAACGUCUUGUAGAGUUUUGUGCAUUUAUAUUAAUAAUUUUGUGAUACAAAACUCAUGUCUACCUCUGUUGCCAGUCAGAAUAACGAAAACCUGAGCUUAUUUCCAGGCACGCACUGUGAACGUUUAAGCCUGUGUGAUGAUUUGUAAAUAAACUGUAUAUAAACAUAG